GCUUCGGUUUUGUUGCGCGCGACGACGGUGGACGCGGGGCCAGGCACGGGCGAGGGGACGUCUUCCUGCACUUCUCGGACCUGGAGCCUGGCAUCGGCUCUUCCGAGCUCGCCGUGGGCGCGCGGGUGAAAUUCUACUGGGAGCCGGCGGACGCGCAGCGCGGGCCUGGGGGCCGCGCACGGCGUGUCUCCCUCACCGAGCUUCCGGAGCCUGCCCGUUCCCCAAAGCAGGAGGGGUUUCAGAGUCAGUCUCAGCCAAGCGUCUCCACUCCUCGCACCCCACCAUCCUGA